CCGAAAAACAUCCUCAUCGUAAACAAAAUGCGCACGCAGCCUGUGAUACUUGCUAUUGACGCGUUCCUCGAGCACGUUCAUUCUACGUAUCCCGGUGUCCGAGUUUUUCAUGAAGAUAGACCUGAUAUUCCUCAUGGAGCCGAAGUAUGGCAUCCUGGUGUGUGCAAACCUGAAAAAAUCGACUUGGUUGUAACUUUAGGUGGAGACGGAACAAUUCUUCAUGCAUCGUCUCUUUUUAGCUCAGGCGCUGUUCCACCUGUGCUUAGUUUCUCGUUGGGCACUCUAGGUUUCUUGCUUCCUUUCCAUAUCGACGACUUUGCCAAAGCCCUCAAAAGUGUUUUUGACGGAAAAGCUACUAUCCUUAAUCGGAUGCGGUUAGCAUGCACUUUCUAUAACGAGGACGAAUCCAAGAAACCUGAUCAAGCCGAUGAUUGGCAAGUAAUGAACGAAGUUGCAUUGCACCGAGGAUCGAGCCCGCACUUAAACACGAUCGAUAUUUUCGUCGACGGGCAGCAUCUGACGGAGGCUGUGUCUGAUGGCCUUAUCGUCUCGACGCCCACAGGCUCCACAGCCUACUCGCUUUCGGCCGGAGGACCUAUCGUCCAUCCAUCUUUGAGCGCACUUGUGUUGACCCCAAUUUGUCCGAGGAGCUUGUCUUUCAGACCCUUGGUUUUCCCCUCGUCGUCAUCUAUCACGUUGAGGAUUGGUAACCGCAGCCGCGCCCAUGCCGGUGUGUCCAUGGAUGGACGAACCUCGCACGUUCUUCAUCCCGGUGAAUCAGUCACUAUACAAGCAUCGCCUUACCCUGUUCCGUGUAUCAAUCGAUCCUCAAUCGUACCCGAAGAUGGAAGCGAGAGAGAGGAAUUAGAGAAAGGGGAAGGAGCAAGGCCGGGGAAGGAGGAUGAUUGGGUGAGGGAUAUCAAUAACUUGUUGCAGUAUAAUGCAACGUUUAGGAGUAAGGCGCUAUUGAGGCAUAGUCGGACGUGAAACGGAGCUUCCCGAAUUUUUGCUGAGAUCAGUGCAAGUGGGUAGAUUCCAUGGGUUGUCUUUGACAGAGAUGUACGCGUCGUACCUGCUCGAUUGAAGGUCUGCGUUGUAUUCUUCAAGGACAAGUCUACCAUUGAAACAGAUUCGAGAAAAAAAA